AUGCCAGCUUCCUCAAUACCAUUGUUGUACCGUUGCCUACUGCUUGUACCAUGCCUUCUGCUCUUGGAAGAAGCACAUGCGGCGCACCAAGGAGGGGUCUCACUGAGGUCUCAACACAUGGCCCUUCUUCACUGGAAAUCUACACUUGGAAGCCCACCGCUGCAGAUGAGCUCUUGGCAGGAAAACACCAGCCCCUGCAACUGGACGGGCAUCAUGUGCACUGCUGUCCACCAUGGCCGCCGCAGGCCCUCGGUGGUAACCAACAUCUCCCUGCCGGGUGCUGCCAUCCGUGGCCAGCUUGGUGAGCUCAACUUCUCGGCUCUUCCAUUCCUCACAUAUAUUGACCUCAGCAAUAAUAGUCUCUAUGGUGCACUGCCCGCUAUUAUCAGGCACCUAUUAGCACUAUCAGAACUUGAACUUUACUACAACCAGAUCACGGGGAGAAUUCCUUAUGAGAUUGGUGACCUGCAAAGUCUCAGAUGGAUUGAUCUCUCAUUUAACAGACUCACAGGACAUAUCCCUCCGUCUCUGGGUAACCUAACAAAGUUAAUUGGUCUUUCCAUUCACCAAAACAUGGUAUCAGGUCCCAUUCCUGAGGAGAUUGGAAGGCUUGACAACCUACAACUUCUACAGCUAAGCAAUAGCACCUUAAGCGGCAUGAUACCAAAAAUCCUUGGAAAUCUGACACAACUAAAAUCUUUGUUUCUCUAUGGUAAUCAACUUUCAGGGACUAUACCCCAAGAACUAGGCAGGCUAGUCCAUCUGCAAAGUCUUGAGCUUAGUAUAAAUGAUUUAUCAGGUUCAAUUCCGAUCUCCAUAACCAAUCUCACUAAGAUGAGCGUACUUAGUCUCCGUGAAAAUCCACUGACGGGUUCAAUACCCUCACAACUAGGCAAUCUCGCUAUGCUAAACAUACUUGAUCUCUGCAAAAGUGAAAUAACCGGUUCAAUACCCCCAGAAUUGGGGAACCUCAGUAUGUUGAACUCACUUGCUCUCUAUACAAAUCAAAUCAGAGGUCCAAUACCUUUAGAACUGGGUCUCCUGCAGAAUCUCCAGACGUUACAAUUAGAUGACAACCAAAUAUCUGGUUCUAUUCCUGGCAUCUUAGGAAAUAUGACUAAGCUAGUAGACCUGACCCUAUCUGUAAAUCAGAUAACCGGUUCCAUCCCCCAAGAAAUUGGCAAUCUAAUGAACCUCGAGUAUUUAGCCUUUUUCCAGAACCAAAUUUCGGGAUCAAUACCUAAAACGUUUGGGAAGUUGCAAAGUGUCCAAAUAAUGCAAGUCUUUGAUAACAAAUUAUCAGGUUCCCUUCCACAAGAAUUUGGAGAUCUCACCAGCCUUGUUGAACUUGCACUUACUAACAACUCACUUUCAGGACAUUUACCCGCAAAUAUAUGUUUAGGUGGCAGACUGAAAUAUCUCUAUGCCUCUUCUAAUAUGUUUAGUGGCCUCAUUCCAAGGAGUUUAAAGACAUGUACAAGUUUGGUUAAAAUUGUCCUUCACUCGAACAAACUAACAAGAGAUAUAUCUCAGCAUUUCGGUCUGUACCCACAACUCAUAGGGAUGAGCUUAUCAUCAAAUAGACUCACUGGUCAGAUCUCGUCAAAUCUAUGUGAAUGCACCAAACUAAUAGUACUACGUCUAGCACAAAAUAUGAUCAUGGGUUCCAUACCUCCAACCCUUUCUAAAUUGUCCAAUCUAGUUGUACUAUGGCUCGAUUCUAAUCGUCUCAGCAGUGAGAUUCCACCAGAAAUCUUCACUUUGCCACACCUAUAUAGCCUCAACUUGUCAUCGAAUCAAUUAUCUGGAUCCAUACCUACACAGAUAAUAAACCUAAGCAACCUAGGAUACCUUGAUAUAUCUGGGAACAGACUGAGUGGAUUAAUACCUGAGGAAGUAGGGGCCUGCACGAAACUACAAUCCUUGAAGAUCAACAACAACAACUUUAGUGGAAGUUUGCCCAAUAUCAUUGGAAAUUUAGCAGAAUUGCAAAUCAUGUUAGAUGUGAGCAACAAUAGCCUCAGUGGUGUAUUGCCGCAGCAACUUGGGAAGUUGCAGAUGCUACAACUUCUGAAUUUAUCACAUAAUCAGUUCAGUGGCAGCAUUCCAUCCUCCUUUACAAGCAUGGUCAGCCUUUCAACACUUGAUGUGUCCUACAAUGAGUUGGAAGGGCGGGUCCCAACAACACAGCUACUCCAAAAUGCUUCAGCAAGUUGGUUUCUUCCCAAUAAAGGUCUGUGUGGCAACCUCUCUGGCCUGCCACCUUGUUAUUCAACCCCAGUAGCUGCUCACAAAAAGGGGAAGGUACUUGGUUUGCUUUUGCCACUUGUUCUUGUGAUGGGUUCCUUCAUUAUUGCUACAAUUGUUGUCAUAAUAAUACUUACUCGUAAGAAGAGAAAUCCACAAGAAAGUGUUACUGCUGAAGCAAGGGACCUAUUCUCUGUUUGGAAUUUCGAUGGAAGAUUAGCAUUUGACGAUAUUGUAAGGGCAACAGAAGACUUUGAUGAUAAGUACAUCACCGGAACAGGAGGAUACGGCAAAGUCUACAAGGCACAACUCCAAGACGGGCAGCUGGUUGCUGUGAAGAGGCUUCAUCAGACCGAAGAAGAGUUGGAUGACGAAAGAAGAUUUCAUAGUGAAAUGGAAAUCUUAUCACAAAUCCGACAGCGAAGCAUCGUCAAAAUGUAUGGAUUCUGCUCCCAUCCAGCAUAUAAAUUUCUUGUCUACGACUACAUUCAGCAGGGCAGCCUCCACAAGAUACUGGAAAAUGAGGAGCUAGCAAAGGAAUUGGAUUGGCAGAAGAGAAUUGCUCUUCCAAAUGAUGUGGCUCAAGCAAUAUCUUAUUUGCACCACGAAUGCAGUCCGCCUAUAAUCCAUCGAGAUAUCACGAGUAACAACAUCUUACUUGAUACAACCUUCAAGGCUUUCGUCUCGGAUUUCGGCACAGCAAGGAUUCUUAAGCCUGAUUCAUCAAACUGGAGUGCACUAGCAGGAACGUAUGGCUACAUAGCUCCUGAACUGUCGUACACAUCUGUUGUGACAGAGAAAUGUGAUGUCUAUAGCUUUGGCGUUGUUGUGCUAGAGCUACUGAUGGGGAAGCAUCCAAGGGAUCUAUUAGACGGUACUUUGUUAAAUGGAGAACUGACUAUACUGGUGCAAGAUAUUCUGGACCAACGGGUGACAACACCAACAACAACAGAAGAGAAGAGCUUAUGUCUGCUCAUUAAGCUGGCUUUUUCUUGCUUGGAAUCUUCUCCACAAGCAAGGCCAACCAUGAGGGAGGCAUACCAAACGCUCAUCCAGCGACCCUCUUCUAGUUCAUGUCCUGUGCCUUUCAACGCACUUACAUUACAGCAAGCAAGGGAUGCAUAUUAAUAUAUGAUCCAAAAUCUAGUGAGAAGCAAGGAUCUAUCGAAGUGGAGGCCGAUUUAGGUUUCAGCUUUUGAGUCGA